AUGCCCGCAGCCCAAGAGCGGAACCGGUCCUCUAUCGAGGAUAUAUAUGAAUAUUACCUCUGCGAACGAGAAAAGUUUGAACAGAUACGCAAAAUCUUAGAGGCACCGCUCUUAGACCAGAUCUUAGCCACGAAGUGCAAGGAUAAUCUUCAUUUAUCUGAAAUCUUAGAGUCACCGCUCUUAGACCAGAUCUUAGCCACGAAGUGCAAGGAUAAUCUUUAUGUUACAAUACCUGUAUCAAAGUUAUUUGAAAACUUAGAGCCACCGCUCUUAGACCAGAUCUUAGCCACGAAGUGCAAGGAUAAUCUUUAUAUUCAUAUUCUGUAUCUGGUAUAUGCAUUAAUGCAAGUUAAACCAAUAGUAGCAAUAGUAGGUCUUCUAAUACUCUUCUUCCAGAGGCUCUUCACCUUUAAGCAGUAA